UCGUACACCACUUUUGUUUUUGACCCCCAAUCUUAAAAGCCGGUCAUUCAGCUCAGCUAUGCCUAAACAAUUGUACAUUCAUACGUGAAUAGUAUGUGAUUUUCUCUCCUCUUUGUGAAGAUUUUGUUUUGUUUUUAAGCGGAUCUUUUCAUUAUUUUGGUGCCAUCCUUUUCUUUUCGGUGGGCUGGUAAAGGUAAACAGAUAUAUAGGCAUGCAAACAAGAUAAAGAUCGCCUCCAAUAUAGCAUCAGAGUAGAGAUAUGCAGCCACCGCAAGAUCGGAGGUUGAAGCCGUUGACGACGGAAGCGGCGGCCGAGAACUACCAACAACAACAGCUACCUCAAAAGUGUCCUCGUUGUGACUCGGUGAACACAAAGUUUUGUUACUACAACAAUUACAGUCUCUCUCAGCCUCGUUAUUUCUGCAAGGGUUGCAGGAGGUACUGGACUCAAGGCGGAACCCUGAGGAACGUCCCCGUUGGCGGUGGUUGCCGGAAAGGGAAGCGCUCGAAGGUCUCUUCUUCAGGUGAAAAUUCAGGGUCGUCUCAGCCGCCGAUACCAGUACAACCACCACCACAACAAGCUCAACAACAAACUGUCAUCUCUUCUUCAUCAUCUGGUGUUUCUUCAGUGGGAUCAUUGUAUCCCGGUGGAGGGUUCUUGUCAUCUUUGCCGGCAAUUCAGCCAAUGAACCACCACCAAUCACCUCUUGGCGGCGGUUCUUCAAAUUUGGGUCUUUUGCAGGGAAAUUCUUGGCGAACACAAUUAUCUCCAUUAAUAUACUCAUUGGAUCAAGAGGGCAAUUCUUGGCAUCAAAGUUUCAUCAACAAUAGUAACCCUAAAAUCUCUGAAGCAGCUUUAUGGAGUAUCAACAACAGCAAUACCGCCGGUAACACCGGCACCGGUAAGACCACCGGAGCAGGCUCCUUGAAUCCAAAUCAAUGGUCUGAUCUUUCAGGCUAUGGUCCUCCAUAA